AUGAUAUCAGUGGGCAUUUUUGACAAAUUGUCAGAGCUUGACAGUUCUAAAAAGUCUGGGCCAUCUAAACAGCUCAAUAAAGAAAAUGUCAACAAGACUGGCUCUAUACCAGAAAAUACAUCAAAAAUAGUAUCAAGUUCAGAUGAAAACAAUAGGAACUAUGAUUCAUGUUCUGUUCUCCAUAGUGGUGGUAUAGAAGAAUUGAAACCAAACAAUGUAGAGAUAUCUCAGUCACGUGUUUCUGAAAAUGUUUCUGAUCCUUCAAACCAGUCCGGUCUAAAGGGACCUUGCAUUGAAGGUCUGACAAUAUCCUCUAAACCUUUAGCAGAUGACGUUUUGAUUGGUUCAUCAAAAGGUGUUGACCUCGAGCUAUACAAGGAGAAUGUUUCUAAGGCAUCAAAUGGGCCUAUUGUGACUGUUGGAGAUUUACUACCUCGAGGUUUAGUCAACUUGGGGAAUUUAUGCUUUCUCAAUGCAACUCUGCAGGCUCUUCUCUCUUGUUCUUCCUUUGUUCAACUCUUGCAGGAACUUAGGAGUCGUGAUAUACCUGAGGUAGACUGCUGA